GGCGGCGCCAUAUGCUCCGGUGAAUCACAGCCCAGAGUUGAACCUCUGCUGAGAAAUAUUUAGCGUUUUGUUUGUUAUGUUAGAAGGGGCAGAGAUUACAGGAAACGGGUUUUGAUGAAAACUUCCCAGCCAAACAGGAUGGCAAACGCACACUACUGUUGACUGGGGUAAGAAUUUAUGACAAUGAAGAUACAAGGACAACCUGAGGGUGCCCGGAGACGUCUGGAUUUAAAUGUAGGGGAACUCCGGGGUGUAGAGAUCAUCCGGGGCCGAGCGGGAUAUGGCUUUACUAUUUCAGGACAGCGUCCAUGUUUGCUGAGUGGAAUCCUGGAGGGAAGUCCUGCUGACCUUGUGGGACUCAAACAAGGGGAUCGCAUCAUGGCUCUCAAUGGAACGGAUGUGUCUGCCGCUUCCCAUGAGAGCGUGGUGCAGAUGAUUGGCAGCUGCGUUGGACCUCUGCGGAUUGUGGUGCACGCUGAAGGUCGAGCCAUUGGAAACCCCAUUCUAAAUGAUGAAAAAUUUGGAAUCAGCCCCAAGCGAAGUCUUUUCCAAAAAGCUGGAGUGCUGCGCACCAUCUCUGAUGAUUCAAACAACUCUUCCUUCGACUCAAAUCAUGUGAUGACCUCGAAGCAGAGGCCAGUCUCAGAACCUGACAUGUCGAUGUGGUAUAAACAAUGGAACGCUGGAGCCAUGCAGUCUAAAGAGGACAUCGACUCUGUAUUCAUAGAAACAGAGGCUAAUUCAGACUGGAGCAUUUUGAAUAUGACCCUAGUGGUGGGAUACCUGAGCUCCACUGAACUGAUUCUCAACACUUCCGAGUCAGAGGAGGAGUGUCUAGGAGCCAUCCGAGAGCGAAUACGACAGCUGGGAACAGAGCAGGAUACACAUACACUUGUGAUGAUGAAGAUCAUGUUUGACUGUGUUAGACUUUGUGAUGACAUGGGGGCAGUUUUGGCAGCUUUUCCCACAGAGAACCUUGUGUUAGGGGCUGUUUGUGCAGAGGAUCCACGGUUCUUUUGCCUGGUCACUACUGCACAUAUAAUCAACGGCCGUGCUCCGGAGGAUGCUCCGCUGAGAGCUUCCUGUCAUGUGUUCUUUAUUGAUCCAGAUUUGGGCAACCAUGAGGACCAUCUGGGGAUUGCUGGGCGCUUUGGCUUUAACUGCACUCCUGAUCCAGAUACCCUUGGUUGCCUGCAGUUCCCCCAGACUCCCCCUGAUGUCCUCCACUUUGUGACUGUCCUCUACAGUGAUAUGGGGGAGGCUGUGGAGAGGCUUCGUGUCAAGCUGGACUUUGAAGCUCAGCAACUAGUGAAGGACAAUAUCAGCACUGGUAAACAGGGAAGUGCCAGCAGCAAUGGAGACAGUGGUAUUGGCAACGCGUCCCCCCCUGAGGAGAGAGCAGACAGGGAUUUCCCCUGUGCAAUCCGAAACCCCCCUGAGACCCUCCUACCAAGCUGUCCUUGGGAUUAUCCUUCACCUGAAGACUAUACUCAACUAAAUCUUACCAAGAAUGACCAAAAAAUUAACCCAGUGUCCAGCAGUAGCACACAUUCUCUUUCAGAGUCACUACCUGGCCCUGAUUCCUUAACAGGUUUCUAUGGAGGCCCCCCUCCAAGGCUCGAGUUUCAGUUCAAGCCUCCUCCACCUCCUCUGCUGGUGGGCAAAAAAACAAAUGUUUUUGGAGAGCCUCUCAGAAAUAGCCAAAAAUGGUUUUCAAAGCCAAAGUGGGCCAAAUCACUCAGUGGAGACCCAGAAUCCCAACUGGCAACCAACAGCUGGUUAUCCAGUGAUAGCACUGGGGAUGACCCAAAGAACCUUCCACCCGCCAUGAGCCAGAUCCCACCAGACAGAUAUCAGUCUACUGGGUCCAUGAUGUUGCCUCCCAGAGACGAAUGGACUAAGCAACUCUUGGACCAGAGAGACAAACAGCGGAAGGGUGGAGGGACAAAAAACGGCCCAAGGAUGUGGGGUAUGGGUGUUUUACGUGCCUCCAGGCGGCGCUCAUCUAAACGUCUAAGCAUGGCCAGAUCCCUGGAUGACCUUGAGUCUGCUGCUUCUUCCGAUGGCGUUCAAAAGUGGCCAUCUGCCGCCACAAUCACAGAUUACAGUGGAGUUCAGUUGCAGGGCUGCUGCAGCCACAGCAGCUUGAACAGCAAUGGAAGUCUUCCAGGAGCCACCAGCCGCAGGGGCCAUCCAGAGCAGCGGGUGUCUAGCUGGGCCAGCUGCUUUGAGCGCCUGCUGCAGGACCCUGUGGGUGUCCGCUACUUCUCGGAAUUUCUCAAGAAGGAAUUCAGCGAGGAGAAUAUCUUGUUCUGGCAGGCCUGCGAGUACUUCAGUCAUGUCCCUGCCACUGAUAAGAAGCAGCUGUCCCAGAGGGCUGGGGAGAUCUACAACAGCUUCCUGUCCAGUAAGGCCACCAUGCCGGUCAACAUCGACAGCCAAGCUCAGCUGGCUGAUGACGUCCUCACCUCCCCGCGGCCGGACAUGUUCAAGCUCCAGCAGCUGCAGAUUUUCAACCUGAUGAAGUUCGACAGCUACUCCAGAUUCCUCAAGUCCUCACUCUACCAGGAGUGCAUACGAGCGGAGGUGGAGGGGAUGCCUUUGCCAGAUCCCUACCAGAUCCCCUGCAGUCCUGCGCCGUCUAAACACAGUGCAAGCUCUGACCGCUCCACGCUGUCCACUCCUAAAAAGGAGGCCAGAAAACAGAGGUCGGGGAGGUCACUCAACGAGGACACCAGGGAAGAGAGUGCCGACAAGAAGCGAGGAAUAUUUUUCUCAUGGUCGCGCAACAGGAGCUUCGGCAAAGGUCCCAAGAAAAAGGACAUUGGUGAUAUUAACCUCGACUACUGGGGAAGUAACGGACGCAGGGAGUCCCAGGGUUCUCUGUCUUCUGGAACCAGUUUAGACAUGGCCACUUCCUGCUCAGCUGGGAAGAUUGAGUCUGACAAUCGACACUCAUCUGGAAUUUGGGAACGUUCUCAUAAACACUGCAGCGUGUUGCUGCCUGAUGGCUCCUGUUCCUCCAUUUCUCUCCGGAGCGGGUCGUCUAUCCGGGAGGUGCUGCAGGUUCUCUGCCAGAACAUCAACAUUAACAUUGCUGCCGUCGAUCUCUUCCUUGUGGGAGGAGAGAAGCCUUUAGUGUUGGACCAGGACUGCAUGACGCUCAGCUCACGAGACCUCAGGCUGGAAAAGAGGACGCUGUUUCGACUGGACCUAGUGCCCAUCAACCGCUCUGUAGGAUUGAAAGCCAAACCCACCAAACCAGUAACAGAGGUCCUGCGUCCCGUGGUGGCCAAGUAUGGCCUCCACCUCAAUGAACUGGUGGCCAAAAUAAAUGGAGAACCCGAGCCUUUGGAUUUGGGAGCCCCCAUAUCCAGUCUUGAUGGUCUGCGGGUUGUCUUGGAUCGAGCGGACCCUGCUGCUGGCAAAGCAGAAAAAGCCAAGUCUUCCUCUCUGAAAGGACAUCCGCCGACGAGAAGUCUCUCUGCGACAGGAGAUGAAAGGUCAACACCCAAGGAGUUUUCACUGAAAGCCAGUGGAGCAGCCUCGGCCCUUGCAGGGGAAAAGAAAAAACAGAAAAAGAUAAAUAUAGAUGAAGCCGAAGAAUUCUUCGAGCUGUUGAGCCGAGCGCAGAUGAGUCGGGCCAACGACCAGCGUGGACUACUGAGCAAAGAAGACCUGGUGCUUCCUGACUUCCUGCGCCUGGCUCCAUCCUCCUCCUUCUCUGUGACCUCUGACCUGGCGUGCUCCACUCCUGACUCCGUCAAACAAGGCAGAGAGAACGGGGGACCUCUCCCUCGCGGGCCUCUCACAUCCAGAUCCGAGAGCUUGGACUCUUCUCUCAGCUCCAGCGCUAAUGGAUUCUCCGGGCCCAGACGUUCCCUCAUGCCCCCUGCCCGUCACCUACCUUUCGGCACACACUUAUCCCCCAUCCAACGCCCUUCUGACUCCAGGCCCAGCCUCCGCACUGUGGAGGAGGACGCCAAUGUCGACAUGACGCUUGUGGGCGAAGGAGACAUCGACAGCCCCAACUGCACCCUGCUGCCACCGUCUCCGUCCCCUGUGCCGUACCAGGAGGGCAGUCUGCCCGAGGCCAACUUCACCCCCCCACCGCCGUGUUCCCACCCUGCUGACAGUGACGCACAAGGAAAACCCACUCCAGAUGCAAGUCCCAAGUCGCCUGCUGACUCUACACAGGAAGUCCAGGAGGUGCGGGACGUGGAGGGUGUCCAUCUUGAGGAGAGGAAACUGGAGACGUCACAGAUCGAGGACUCUGAGCUCAGCGUGAGCUUCCAGGGUUACGUGGCGGAGCUGCGUCAGUGCCAGAGCAAGAUGAAGAACGCCCAACUGCCCCCCAAUGGUAGAAACCCUGCGGAGCCCAGCGACUGCCAGACGGAGCUCUUUAAGGCCACUGUCGUCUGAAGGGACCCCCUCAUCUGCCCUCACCUCAGAACACUGCUGCACUUUUAUCAUGAAAGGGUGCGUUUAGAACUCCACCCUCGACGUCAUGUGUUUGAUAUAGUAUAUUUGCAAGAGCUGGUGUUUUCUCAACAUUGUGUUCUAGUUCCACUUCUGUGAGGCUGAGCUUCCUGUUCUAGUCCGGCUCUGUGGACGUCAUCCUGCCGACAAUAUUACCGAGUGACCUCCAAGGAUGGCUGAAGGUUCACAUGGAUGAUUUUCAAAAGUGAUUAUUUAUUAAAUGUUUAUUCAAUUACGUGCAACUUCAAAAAUGGUUAAAAAAAAUGCUCAAUUUUCCGUGUUUUUAGUUGAAGCAGAAGAAAUUAGUUGGGAAGUGAAGUCCCACUUUUUGGGAUAGUGCUGUGCACUCCAGGUUGGCAAGGGAAAAAAAAAACAGUCAAUUUUCUUGAGUACUAGUUUGCAUUGGUAGUUGUACAGAUCAUGACGGUACUUUGGUUGCCUGUACACUUUGUUGCAGUCAGUGGUCUUCCAA